CUAUGUAUACCAUAACUUCUGAAACUAUUUUGCGUAACAAGGACAGAGCUCGAUCAUGAUGUUUCCCCUGACUACUUGACUAAGGACCAGUUAUAUGUUAAUUACUGCUCCGGAUUCAUUGAAAUAUUGUUUGAAGUUUGGAGUAUUACCCACAAUCUGAAUCAAACAUGGAUGGGAGAAACUCCACAGAAGAGCUUCCCCGGGAUGAGAAGGCUGAAGAAAUCACAAGCAACAGUGUGCAAGUGAAUGUAGAAGAACUCAUCCAAUCGAUGGAAACUCAGCUAUUGGUUUUGCCGAAAAUAACAACCAAAUCGUCCAGUUGCAGCAUUUUCCUGGUAUCCCAGGUCUUCACCCAUUCCGAUGAGCCGUAUCAACCUCGCACAGUCUCAAUCGGUCCAUACCACCGCGGGAAGCCGCGUCUGAAGGCGAUGGAGGAGCAUAAGUGGAGGUUCUUGAAGAGAGCGAUAGCAAGGACGGGCGUGGGUAUGGAUCCCCUCAUAAAAGAGGUCAAUCUAGUAGAAAAACAUGCCAGAGAAUCGUAUUCUGAGGCUAUCCCUACUCCCAAAGACAAACCUAAUGAGUUUUUAGAGAUGUUGGUUCUUGAUGGGGUCUUUGUGAUUGAAAUACUUCGGGCAUUCAGCAAUGUGGUUCCCUUUGACAAAGACGACCUCUUUGGAUCAAUGCAAUGGAUGCGUUUCCGUCUCCGCGACGACUUUCUCUGCCUCGAGAACCAAAUACCAUAUGUCGUGCUCCAGAAAUUGUUCGAACUUACUAAAAUGGACAGCGAUAGGUUGCCCAGCGGGAGCUGCCCUACUCUGUUCAUCACGGCCCUCCACUUAUUCACAAUAUCUGAUGAAGUCGGAAGAGACCCGGAAGAGAUCGGCAAUCCUUUGGGUUGGGACUUUGAAGGGCUUCAUCUUCUUGAUCUAGUCCGGAAAAGUUAUUUCCCGAAGCUGGACCCAAAGGUUUCAGCUUCGGGAAAGAGACCGAGUGGAGCUGAAAAUGAUUUGUCAGUUUCGGGCAGUUCCCAGGAGACUCCCAAAGCAAGGAAUAUCCUGUUGGAAACUUUGAUAGUAUUUCAAUUGAAUAACACUUUAUUAGUCAAUUUUAUAAGUUAAAUAUUUUCAUAUAUUCUAUUAAUAUAUUAUUAAGUGAAUCUGUGAAUGUAUGUGCAUUUUUUUCAAAUGCUAACGUCCUGCAAUUAU